AGGAUGCCCAGGACCUUGCCUCUCUGAAUAUUCAUGAGGGAGGCGGGUCGACGCCGCUGCACGCCGCGGCCGGCGCCAUGAAGCUCAACGUGGACGGGCUGCUGGUGUACUUCCCGUACGACUACAUCUACCCGGAGCAGUUCUCCUACAUGCGGGAGCUCAAACGCACGCUGGACGCCAAGGGUCAUGGAGUCCUGGAGAUGCCCUCAGGCACUGGGAAGACAGUGUCCCUGUUGGCCUUGAUCAUAGCAUACCAGCGGGCGUAUCCGCUGGAGGUGACCAAACUCAUCUACUGCUCGAGGACUGUGCCGGAGAUCGAGAAGGUGAUUGAAGAGCUUCGCAAAUUGCUCAACUUCUACGAGAAGCAGGAGGGCGAGAAGCUGCCAUUUUUGGGGCUGGCUCUGAGCUCCCGCAAAAACCUGUGUAUUCACCCGGAGGUGACACCCCUGCGCUUUGGGAAGGACGUGGAUGGGAAGUGCCACAGCCUCACAGCCUCCUACGUGCGGGCACAGUAUGAGCAGGAUGCCAGCCUGCCCCACUGCCGCUUCUAUGAGGAAUUUGAUGCGCAUGGGCGCCAAGUGCCCCUCCCUGCUGGCAUCUACAACCUGGAUGACCUGAAGUCCCUGGGGCGACGCCAGGGCUGGUGCCCAUACUUUCUUGCCCGAUACUCGAUCCUGCACGCCAACGUGGUGGUGUACAGCUACCACUACCUCCUGGACCCCAAGAUUGCGGACCUGGUGUCCAAAGAGCUGGCCCGCAAGGCAGUUGUGGUCUUCGACGAGGCCCACAACAUUGACAACGUCUGCAUCGACUCCAUGAGUGUGAACCUCACCCGCCGGAUCCUCGACCGGUGCCAGGGCAACCUGGAGACCCUGCAGAAGACGGUGCUCAGGAUCAAGGAGACAGACGAGCAGCGUCUGCGGGAGGAGUACCGGCGCCUGGUGGAGGGACUGCGGGAGGCCAGCGUUGCCCGGGAGACCGACGCCCACCUGGCCAACCCCGUGCUGCCCGACGAGGUGCUGAAGGAGGCGGUGCCCGGCUCCAUCCGCACUGCCGAGCACUUCCUGGGCUUCCUGCGGCGGCUGCUGGAGUACGUCAAGUGGCGGCUGCGUGUGCAGCACGUGGUGCAGGAGAGCCCCCCUGCCUUCCUGAGCGGCCUGGCCCAGCGCGUGUGCAUCCAGCGUAAGCCCCUCAGGUUCUGCUCCGAGCGCCUGCGCUCCCUCCUGCACACCCUGGAGAUCACGGACCUUGCCGACUUCUCCCCCCUCACCCUCCUGGCCAACUUCGCCACCCUUGUCAGCACCUACGCCAAGGGCUUCACCAUCAUCAUUGAGCCCUUUGACGACAGGACCCCGACCAUUGCCAACCCCAUCCUGCACUUCAGCUGCAUGGACGCCUCGCUGGCCAUCAAACCCGUGUUUGAGCGCUUCCAGUCUGUCAUCAUCACGUCGGGGACACUGUCCCCACUGGACAUCUACCCCAAGAUCCUGGACUUCCACCCCGUCACCAUGGCAACUUUCACCAUGACGCUGGCCAGGGUCUGCCUCUGCCCCAUGAUCAUCGGCCGUGGCAAUGACCAGGUGGCCAUCAGCUCCAAAUUUGAGAGCCGGGAAGAUAUCGCUGUGAUCCGGAACUACGGAAACCUCCUGCUGGAGAUGUCCGCAGUGGUCCCCGAUGGCAUCGUGGCCUUCUUCACCAGCUACCAGUACAUGGAGAGCACCGUGGCCUCCUGGUACGAGCAGGGCAUCCUCGAAAACAUCCAGAGGAACAAGCUGCUCUUUAUCGAGACCCAAGAUGGGGCCGAGACCAGUGUCGCCCUGGAGAAGUACCAGGAGGCCUGUGAGAACGGCCGUGGGGCCAUCCUGCUCUCAGUGGCCCGGGGCAAAGUGUCCGAGGGAAUCGACUUUGUGCACCACUACGGGCGGGCCGUCAUCAUGUUUGGUGUCCCCUACGUCUACACGCAGAGCCGCAUCCUCAAGGCGCGGCUGGAAUACCUGCGGGACCAGUUCCAGAUCCGUGAGAAUGACUUCCUCACCUUCGACGCCAUGCGCCACGCGGCCCAGUGCGUGGGUCGCGCCAUCAGGGGCAAGACGGACUACGGCCUUAUGGUCUUUGCUGACAAGCGCUUUGCCCGCGUGGACAAGCGGGGGAAGCUGCCCCGCUGGAUCCAGGAGCACCUCACGGACGCCAAUCUCAACCUGACUGUCGAUGAGGGGGUCCAGGUCGCCAAGUACUUCCUGCGGCAGAUGGCACAACCAUUCCACCGGGAGGAUCAGCUGGGCCUGUCCCUGCUCAGCCUGGAGCAGCUGCAGUCGGAGGAGACGCUGCGGAGGAUAGAGCAGAUCGCUCAGCAGCUGUGAGCGUGGGGUAGGCAGGGUCAUAAACAGUGUUCCUGGUGA